AUGCUUCCUUCAUUCCUCCUCUCAUCCUUGCUGUGCUUUUCCACCGUCUCAGCUCUGCCCAACCCAAUUGUGGCAGAACGAGCAUCCUGCGACUGCACUGGCACACGCGACGGCGGCUCCAACUCUAAGGAGUACAUCUGCCGUGAUGCUCGACUCGGCCCAACCAGGCUUCCAAAGAAAUUGCCUUUGAGCACUUUCGUUGAGAGCUACAACCGCUUUGGUGGCCUGACGCCAGCUCAGUUCCUAUUGACAUGGACCGAUGAGAAGGGAUCCUACAGAUACCCACCUCAGAAUGGUUUCCAGCUUGAUGCUGAAGGUAAUGCCAUCAACGGAAGCAUGGUACUUCCCGUCGGAACGCUUGUAGACCGAUUUGGAAGCGAAUACGGAUCCUUUAUCUCUGCAGCUGCUGCUCCCUACUCACAGCGCGCUCUUCCACCGUCAAACCUGGCCACAAACCCUGAUACUCCCGACUUCCCCUACAACUACCACGUGUAUCGUGUCAUCAAGCCGCUACCUGUUGUGGGAGGACCUAUUGCGCCUUGGUUCGGUCAGCCUGGGCUCGGGGCACAGUUCUUUACCGGAGAGUUGGGCAACGUCAAGUUUCUGAUUCAGCAGAGCUACUUGCAAGCAGAGGACCCGCAGGCUCUUGUCUAUAAGUCUGAUGGUUGCGCAUGA